GUAUUAAUUUGGAUUAAUCAAGAUGGUAUGACUCUAUGCACCGAAUGUGUGAUAAUUAGGUUGUUUUGCUUGCAGCAGUCCUUACAAAGCCAGGAAAGGUGUUGA